AUGUCUGGAAAAAUCGACCCGUUGAACAACAUGAAACGAUAUUUUGGAUCGUUGAAGAUCGACGAAGCCUUGGUAUGUUUAUUGCAAUUCGAAUAACUUGCAAUGCAAUCAAUCGACUUUGAUUUGAGAGCGCGCCGAGCACGCGAGUGGGGGAAAUCGGAAUCGUCGCAUAUCACAGCCAGAACACGCUUCCGUUCCAGCCGAUGAUCUACCUCUCCAACAAAAAGCCGGCUCAUUUCUACAUGAAGCACUGGGAGGGCCGACGACUUCACGACUACAGCAGCGAAGGAUUCCCGAGUACGGUACACUCUGCCAGUUCAUGAAAAAAAACCUUUCUUUAUUUCAGACCUUAUAGAAUCGAUGGGCAUCAAGAAGAUUGUGGAAUUGGAGGCGAUGCAGUGGCAGGAGCAUCAGAGGAUCGGUAAGGUUUUCGCUUGCUGUCAGGCUUUUUGUGACUCAUUAUGCCGCGUCCAAAGUCUCGGAAAACCCGCAAAUAUCGCGGAUUUUGCAGUCCAAAGUCGGCAGAAAUUUGCGGGGGAAAUCCGGGGUGCGCACAGCUGAACGAGUGUUACCGUACACCAUAAAACUACGGUAUUUUUUUGAAAAUUUACCCAAGAAAUUUGAAAAAAAUUUCAAAUAUUCUCGAGAAAUUUAAAUUUUUUUCAAAAAAAUACCGUUCAAAAAUUUACCCAAAAAAAUUUGAAAAAAAUUUCAAAUAUUCCCGAGGAAUUUAAAUUUUUUUCCAAAAAAAUACCGUUGAAAAAUUUACCCAAGAAAUUUGAAAAUUUUUCAAAUAUUCUCGAGUAAUUUAAAUUUUUUUCAAAAAAAAUACCGUUGAAAAAUUUACCCAAGAAAUUUGAAAAAAAUUUCAAAUAUUCUCGAGAAAUUUAAAUUUUUUUCAAAAAAAUACCGUUGAAAAAAAUUUCAAAUAUUCUCGAGGAAUUUGAAUUUUUUUCAAAAAAAUACCGUUGAAAAAUUUACCCAAGAAAUUUGAAAAAAAUUUCAAAUAUUCUCGAGAAAUUUAAAUUUUUUUCAAAAAAAUACCGUUGAAAAUUUACCCAAGAAAUUUGAAAAUUUUCAAAUAUUCUCGAGAAAUUUAAAUUUUUUCAAAAAAUACCCAAGAAAUUUCACUAAAGCACGCAAAUGAAACGUGUUAGACAAUUGAAAUGUUUUCAAAAAAGCAGAGCGCUCUGUAGUCAAAGUGUCAAAAUAUUAUAAUUUCAGUGCGCGACCUCCUCCAGUUUCUCUUCAGCGCCUACGACUCCCCGAAGCCCGACAACAAGGGCGUCUUGUGGAGGUACGGAGGCCACUUCGAGGAGGACGAUCAACGCGUCGUCGUCUACUGGAGGAGCGCGCUCAACUGCGUCGUCACAGUCUUCUCCGAGUUGAAGCAGAGCGCCGGGCCCCCGUUCCGAGAGCUCAUCACAACAUUUCUGCAUCCAGUCGAGCAGCUGGAGCAUCUGAUUGCCAUUAAGAAGGUGAAAGAAGCCAGGCUCCCCUGA